UGAGUUAUGCAAAUCUUGAAUUGAAGUUCCCUGAGUAGCAGCACUCUGCGGUGAGAGAAUUUAGCCCGACAAACAUUUAAUUUUAUGUUUAUUUAGCAACAUUGGGGAGGUUUUGAUCAUUAUAACUUAGCGAUCAAUCACUUCUCCAUUGUAACGGGCUAAAGAGCAGCGUUUGCGUUAUGUUUGUGCCAAGAGAUUCCCGUUAACCGGUUAAUUGUAGCUGAUAGCUAACUGCUAAGAGCUAGCCCAGCUAACGAUUUCGCCGGUACAAGCGGACCUCUUUGUCUGACAGGGGAAGGCGUGCUCUUUUGUUAGGCUUUUCCCUUUGUCCGCUCGGCGAAGAGGAACUGUUUGGUCAGGAUUUCGCAAUUAUAUACAGCUUUGAAAGUAUUUAGAAAAUGCAAAUCGCGAAAAAAUACUUCACAGAGGGCCUGAUUCAGUUUACCAUCUUACUCAGUUUGAUUGGAGUUCGUGUGGACAUCGACAGCUACCUAAACGGAUAUUACACGCCACUGAUAGAGAUUAACUUGGGUCCUAGUUCAGCCUACAUCCAGACACCCUUUCACAAUUUAAGAGACACUCUUGACGGAUAUAGUGUGCACCCAAAAUGUCCCCAACUGGACUAUUUCUUUGCAAGUCGCCGGUUACUGGACGAUGUGAGGGCUCUGGGUUCCCCACGGUUCCCCACACAGUUGAACGCAUGGCUGGUGCACCAAGUGUCUGCCACUGACAAGGCCAGCUGUGGACAGCCUUCAACAAGCAACAACACUGACACUGACUCCGAGGUACAAAGCCCUGAGACCAGUGAUGACAGUGAGCACCUGCCUGACAGAGGCCCAGAAGUGUGUCAAACAAACCUUCAACUCGGACAGGGGCCUUGUGGCGCUGAAGCCUGUGGGUUUGCACAAGAGGAUGAUGAUACGAGAAAUGAAGAGGAAGAUGGACCAGCUCCACUUGCACUGGCCCAUAGUUCCACACUGGAACAGGAGAGUCUUCUUGAAGGCAUUACUACACGUUAUCAUGCUCCUACCAUUGAUAUUGAUCAGAACUGGAGCCAUUUACUCUCAUUGUCAGUCACUGACCUUGAUGACAUGGACUCCCUUGUCAGUGAUCGUCUUUCAGACCUUGACUCAGACAUCACCCAUGCCAUCAGCCACAAUGUCAGUUUACGUGAUGCCAUGGUAACCAGUGCUGGAGUUUCUGGUGUAACAUCAGAGAGAGCAGAGUUCAGACCAGCCACCCAACAACAGAGAACACUCUUAGAAUCCACAGGCCUCUCACACUCGGAUGCUUCUCCUGGGAUGGCCCUGGGCCUCGCAGCACUCCCGUUUGCCUCCGUGUGUAACUUCACUGGAAAUGUAUCAUCACACAGUGCAUUAAGUGGUUGUCUGGAUGAGGCUGUGUUUGACCAGAUCAAUCAGCUAGGUUUGGAAAGCCUCGAAACUAUUGAUAGCCAACUCAUGGGUUGUCUGGAGAACAUUGACCCACAGGUCCUUGAGGACCUGGACUCAGACUCUGGUCUCUCUUUGGAGAGCAGCUCUGGAGGUCCGGUCUCACCAGGCUCAUCUGAGAUGUCGUCAUCCUCCAGUUCAUACUGUGAGGAUGAGUGUGGCGCUGCGGGCUACAGCAGUGAGGUGGAAUCUGUCUCAUCAAAAGGUGUUACGGACUACACCACAAUGUGGUCACCUGUUGAUCUGAGUGAGAGUGUGUGGCAUGACCACAGCUACUCAUCUCCAGUCACGUUUCCCCACAAAAGCAUCAAAGAGGAACCACUCAGUGAUGACGAAAGGCCAAAACUGGAAGAGAGGGAGCUGAGUCGUGAUGAGAUGCGUGCACGUGCCAUGUGCAUCCCUUUCUCUGUCCUGCAGAUCGUUAACAUGCCUGUGGAAGAGUUCCUAGAGGUCCUUGACAGUCAUGGCUUCUCCCCUGAACAGGUGACACUCCUGAGGGACAUCCGCAGGAGGGGAAAAAACAAACUGGCUGCGCAAAACUGCCGAAAGCGCAAAUUAGAUGCCAUUACAGGACUCCAGGAGGAGGUGAAGAGGCUGCAGGCUCAGAGAGACAGACUGCUAAGGGAAAAACAGCUUACAGCCAAGACAAUGGGCGCUGUGGGCCAGCAGAUAGAGCAGCUCACCAGAGACGUUCUCUCCCGACUAAGGGAUGAUUUGGGACAGCCCCUGAGCCCAGACAGAUAUACCCUGCAGUGCGGGGCUAAUGGGAGGGUUGUCGUUCAGCCUGCAAGGAGGCCUACUGUCUCUGGAUCUAGCAGCAAUAAAACAGAAAAAAGGAAGAAGGGGAAAAAGCAGUGAUGCAGUAUUGCCAAAUGAGACUGAGGCAUUUGAGGUUUUUGGAUAUUUCAGAACUUCUUUGCUUGACUCUGGUUUUGGGAUCUCGUCUUUUAUAAAGGUGUAUGGUUUCACCGCUGGUGGGUGCCCCGAACUAUAAUGCUGCACAAAGAAAAGAACAUGAAUUUAAAAAAAAAAAAAAUCUCUGUAAAUAAAAUUUUUUGUGGGAAAAUGUAGCUUACACACUGGACAUCCUUUGCUUAUUAAAAUGGACAUAGCAUGGAUGUGUUGAUAAUGCUUCCAGCUCUUUCUGUGCCUGCUAACAGCAUAAAGUCAUCAAGUCUCAGCGUUCAUACAGAAUGAUCUGUAGAAUAAACGGAGACAACCAGACAUGUCUAAAAGACAAAGUGGGCAGUUAACUGGAUUGACAGAGAAGGAUUUUGUUUGUUUUCAAGUAGUCUUUCCUCAACACAGUAUAAGCAGGAGGUAAAAAAUUAUUUAUUAAAGUUCCUGAAGGUUAAUGAAAUGCUAAUAUGCAUCACGAAACUGUCAAGGAUACAAUUUUUUUCCCAUAAUGGCAACUUUAUCUUAAAGUGUCAAUAAUAUUGGGACAUUACACAUCUAAAGUUUACAGAUUUGUGUCUUGACUUUUGAGGGGAUAAACUUUUAUUUAGAAAGUUAAACUUAAGUGUUAAAAAUAUUUUUUUCCUAAUGUCUUGAUGACAUUCAAUAUACCAAUGGUUAAACAGACAAUGCCUUAAUUAGCAUUUAAAUAUAGUUUAGGUUGUUUGUGUACAUGAUUCACCCAUGCACAUCAUAUCAAAAGUUCUAUGAAGCUACCAUAUGUUUAAGAUUGAAAAUAAAUAAUUGGUCUGAAGCACAAUUCUGUUUAAUCCCUUAAUUUUAAGUACAAUUUAGUUAAAUUUCUAUUCUACCUCAUGCCUUAGUUAAUGUUAUUGAUUUUGUUGAAAAAAAAAGUCCCUUCUUACAAUCCUUUAUUAUUCUUUAGGUCCCUACAUGGACCUAAACUGUCCUUUUUCUUAAAAAUACAAUCACCACCUCUAUUUAAUAGGACUGAAUGUCAUUUGGGUGUUGCUUUUUAUGUAAUUGAGAUUAUGUGAAAGAGAUAAGAGUAUUUAGUACAAGUUACCAUUCUAUUCAUGGGCACAGUUGGCUGUGUGAGUAACAAAUUGAGAAGCGAAGUAGCUAAUAUGUGACUUGUGAAGUAUUACGUUUUCAUUCCCUCACAGUUUUGUAUUUAAGUUUUUGGUUUGACAGAUUUUAAUUUGCUUUUUUAUUAUUUUUAAGCUGUUUUUCUUUGUUGCUUUUGGGAAAAUGUUUUGAUUGCAUGGUGAUUGUUGAAUGUUGCUAGUAUGGUUUUGCUUAGGGAAUUUAAAUGCUUUGCAGACUUUUUUUUUCUGAUUAAAAACAAUAAAAUGAUAAA